ACUGUAGUAAGUUUCAAGUUGCAGCGUCUCCCGAUAAGUCUAGCUACUGUGUUCAACUCGAUCAUGUCAACAAACUGUGUGGUACAACACAAGACCAGACCACCGCGUCCAGCUACAAAUGGAGGCCGUCUUUCCUCCACCUACAACUUCCAACAAGUCUCACUCCAUCUUCAUCACUUCCAAUCCCACACCAAGACGACGCUCUAGUUUCAUCACGUCGGAAAUCCAGGAAAUCCGGGUCUGCACCAACAGGAGCUGCCGUAGACAAGGCUCCAUGCAGACCCUUGAGACCAUCACGGCUCUAGCUCCCCCCACCGUCGCCGUCAAGUCCUGUGGAUGUUUGAACCGCUGCGGCAACGGCCCCAACCUGGUGGCACUACCCACCGGCACUUUGGUCGGUCACUGCGGCACCAUGUCUCGAGCCGCUGAGGUUCUCGUAGCACUGUGCGGAGGAGCUUGGGAUUCCGCCGCUGCUGACAAGAGUUUGGAAGCGCUUGCGUUAAGGAAUAAAGCUGAGAUUGAGCUCAGCAACAACAAUUUAUCGCAGGCUGAGCUCUUCCUCACACAGGCUAUAGAAUUAAGACCAAUUGGUGGUAUUCAUAUAACAUUCAAGGACAGGUCUAUUGCAAGAUUAGCAUUGGGAAAUCAUUCUGGGGCGCUUGAAGAUGCCGCACAAGCUUUGGAAUUGAAUCCUCUUUAUCCGGAGGCUUAUAUUUGCCAAGGUGAUGCAUUCUUGGCAAUGAGUCAAUUUGAUUCAGCUCACAAGUCAUAUUUGACAGCUCUACACAUAGAUCCUUCCAUUCGACGCUCCAAGUCUUUCAAGGCUCGGAUGGCAAACCUUGAGAAACUCACUGCUGCACCUACUUAAGUCCUAAGAUCUGCAAUGUCUGAAAUCAUGUAUACAUCAGUUACAGAACUGUGACGACAAAAGUCAUUAGUCAUAUAUAAUGUCUAUUCUUUGCAAAUUUGUCUGUCUUGUUCAUAUUAUAGGUCUACAUGAUAAGUUCAACAGGCAUAUUAGUGACAAGAAAAAAAUCUAAUGAAGAAAAGGAGAAGCAAAUACUAGUCUCUUUUAGCCCAGUAUUACAUAUGAGA